UGUUGAGUAGUUUCCGCCGUUUUCGUAUAGAUGACGCUAGCGGUCCCUUGUUUUUGGCUUUUGUCACUAGCUGUUAGUUUUGCUAUUGGUUUUGCCGUGCGUGUCGUAUGGAAGUGUUUUGAUAAAAUUCAUUUGUUGUUUAUUAAAAAUUUCGCUAGUGUCGUGAAAAGUAUGGCUGAAAGAAUAUCAGAAAUCUUUAAUUCGUUUCAGGAUUAUCUAAAUAACGAAGAAGAAUUACGCGAGGAAAUCCGCGCAGUUGUAAAAGAUCUUGAAAAGAGUGCCAGGGAUAUUCUUAUGAUAUUACAAAAUAUUCACAAUGAGAAUAAUAUGGAAGAAAACAUAAUAUCUCAAUAUUGUGCAGCUGCAAGAGAAUUAUUCAAAGAUGUACGCAAAAAGUAUUCAGAACUUGCAGUAGUUGUACCAAAAGAACAGUACUAUAGAUUUCAUGAUCAAUGGCGUUUUGUCACACAGAAAUUAUGUUUCUUAGCUUCUUUAAUAAUAUAUUUAGAGAUUAAAGUAUUAGUUACCAAAGAAACUGUUGCAGAAAUGCUAGGAGUUAAAAAUAACAGACAAGAUGGUUUUCACUUGGACCUGGAAGAUUAUUUAAUGGGUUUGUUGCAAUUAUCUGCAGAGUUGAGUCGUUUUGCCAUAAAUAGUGUCACUAAUGGUGAUUAUAAUCGACCUAUAGAAAUAGCCAGAUUUGUGAGUGAACUAAAUGCAGGCUUUAGACUUUUACAUUUGAAGAAUGAUUCCUUAAGAAAACGUUUUGAUGGCUUAAAAUAUGCUGUUAAAAAAGUAGAAGAAGUAGUUUAUGACCUCAGUAUACGAGGUUUAAAACCAUCUUCAAAUUCAGUAUCACAAGAAGCAGAAUAAAUAUUUUUUAA